UAUUGAGAUAAACCUUUCAUAUCUUGACAUGGUAUCAGAGCGGUGUUUCAAUCCUGUGUGAUUCAUCUCUAUUUCAUCUGCUUUUUUUUUUUUUUUUCUAAAACAGUCAACAUGUCUGGCGGAGAAGAUUUACCUAAAAAGCCCACAGCUCCUAAAGACACAUUCAGCAGUGAAACAGAUUCAUCUACCUCUCCAUUUUAUUUGCAUCACUCAGAUAGUCCUGGAAUAGUGCUAGUCACGCAACCAUUAACAGGUGAUAAUUAUCCUUCUUGGAACCGAGCAAUGACCAUGGCACUUGAAGCAAAGAACAAGCUAGGAUUUGUUGAUGGAACCAUCAACGAACCAACAUCAAAUUCCACUUUGUUUACAAUCUGGAGCAGAUGCAACAGUAUGGUACUCUCAUGGAUUUUGAAUGCACUUUCAAAAGACAUCGCCAAUAGUGUCGUGUUUAUGAAGACUGCUUGUAAUGUCUGGAUCAAUUUGAAGGAUCGAUUUUCUCAGUUCAAUGCACCAUGGAUUUUUGAGAUUUAGAGGGCAAUCGUGAAUCACUUGCAAAAGAAUGAUUUGUCACAAAAUAUCAUACAGUUUUGAAAGGAUUAUGGGAUGAACUGACAAUUUAUAAUCUACAUCCAGCUUGCACAUGUGAGGCAGCAAUGGAGAUCAGUACCUUAGAUGAACAAAAUCGAUUGAUGCAAUUCCUUAUGGGGCUUAAGAAUCUUAUAGCAACUUGAGGAGUCAGAUCCUCUUGACGAAUCCAUGGCCUAUUGUUUCAAUGGCUUUAUCUUUGGUUCUUCAGGAUGAAAGGCAAAGAUCUAUUCAAUCUGUUUCCUCACUGCCAUAUCUAGAACAAUCAACCAUGGUAGUUGUCAACUCGCAAGAGUUUGGUCGUUCUAAUCAAUAGUUCAGGACUAG